AUGGUAUCGAAAUCACAAGGAAAACACGGAAUAGGUUGGGUAGUGGCGGCAAUGUUCAUCCUUGCUGAUUUGGUCGGUGGAGGCGUAGUCGCUAUGCCUGCUGGAUUCGUACAAACUGGCUUGAUGAUGGGAAUAAUUUUCAUGAUUACGAUCUGCACAUUUUUUUCAUCGACUGGUUGGUUGCUGGCUGAUACAUGGGACAUUAUGUGCACUCGCUGGCCAGAAUAUCGUGGGCACUGCCGCAAGCCCUAUCCUGAAAUGGGCCUAAAAAGCAUCGGAAAGCGGGCCGAGGUGGUGAUUGUUGCUGCAGUGCUGUGCACUGUGACAGCAAUUCUGUUGAUAUUUGUUGGCGUGAGUCUGGAUUUGCCUACUUGCUAUCCGGAAUCCGUCUAUCCCGGGCCAUCUUUCAAUUCCAUCUUCAGUCUUGGCAUUUUUUUAUUCGCUUUCAAUGGUCAUCAGGUAUUUCCAACAGUCCAGAAUGAUAUGCAUCAUCCACCAGAUUUCAAAAAAUCCAUAAUUCUGGUGGUGGCUUUACUGUACAUGCCACUUUCAAUCUAUUCAUUUAUGGUUUACGGUAACAGCAUGCAAAAUUCGGUGAUCGACUCGAUUCAGACUCCAUGGAUUCGUUCUGUGGCUGAUCUGGCUAUUGCAGUGCAUUGUAUCCUCACCAUAAUCAUCACAGUGAAUCCGAUCAAUUUGCAGCUCGAAGAAACAUUCGGCAUCCCACAUAAAUUUUGCACGAAAAGAGUACUGGUAAGAACUGCGCUAAUGGCUUUAAUGCUUUUCAUUGGCCUAACAAUACCGAACUUCAGUUCGGUGAUGGAUCUUUUUGGAAGUACGACCGUUCCAUGCACCUGCAUCAUCCUCCCUUCCCUCUUCAACCUCUAUAUCCGUUCGGCCGAAUUCGAUCAGAAGGCGAAUUCCUGGAAAGCGCCGACGUUUGGAGAGUAA